GAGAGGAGGCGGGGAGGAGUGCGGAAUCAGAGACUCUGCAUGUUGAGUAAACAUGUAUGAGGUUGCCUGCCACAAAAACGGGAGUAUUUUUUAACCUUUGCGGAACGUUAUCGCGGUAUGUGGAUCAAAUGGCAAGUAAUGCAUAGCACUGUUACCAUCGUUAAUGAUGUUACUAAGCGAUAAUUGCGCAUGUCAUUUUGUUUGACAGAGAGAGAUGAGUGCAGUGAAUCGUUCUCGCUCCAUCCUAUUAGUAAUACCCGGUGAUGAUCAUGAUGGCAAUUACUGCCCCUAAUAAUCACAGCGCGAGAUUUGGCGCCGCUCAUGUUGCCGUUUGUAUCAGUUCGAUGUUGCGUGAGCGCGAACAUUGUGUCAGAUAGUGUUCUGUUCAUUGCUCGUUUGGCUCUGUGAGCGUGUCUGGUCGCAAUAUUAUCCGUGCGCUCUCCUUUAGGUAUAGCAGUGUGUCAGUGAGAGAUUGUGUCCAGGCGAGUUGGUGAACUGUCAUUCGAUUUAUGUCCAAUUGGUUCGAGGCCGAAGAUGGCGAGGCUAGGGGGUAUGCACGCUCAGUGCCCGUGAAGCUCGACUGUCAGCUGCACAGCAUUCACCAAGGCAGUCACCGUCGCCCUGUACAUCGGAGGGAUUCGAACAUCGCGCAGUCAGAACGGGUGAAGAAUCUGUUGCGCAUCGAAAGACCCGGCAAGCCUUGGGUGGUACCGCAGGUACCGCAGCUUGAAGACGAGCACUUGUGCCUACCAAGUUACCAUAUCAUUAUCAUCGUUCUGCGAGGAAAAAAACUAUUUUCUUGGAAAGCGUGUUGGUGAAUAAGUUCAGAGGCUCCCUCUCAACCCGUAGCGACGUACACACAGGAGUGCCCAAGUCGGCGGCACAGACGCUGACUCUGCGUCCGGCAGGUUAGGGCCUGGACCUCCGCCAGUCGUGACUCUUGGCGCCAGCCAGCAAACAAACCGUCGCUGUGUGGGGACUGCUUGUUUGGACGGCAUCCCUCCUCCGCAGCACCAACAACCAGUACAAGCCCGUGCUUGCAGGUGCAUGACCUGAAGCUCAGCCACAAACCAGAGGCAGACAGGUACACGGGGAGAACAUCAGAAUGCAGGUGUCAUUCGCCUGUACAGAACACAACCUCAAGAGCCGCAGUGAGGACCGGCUGUGUGGCCUUCGCACCGCCCCACCACCGGGCGGUGGCAGCGGCGGGGGGAGCGGCCAGGGAAGCAACGGGAACUACAACGUCCAGAACGUGACCAAGACUCAGCUCCGGGAGCAGUCGGGGUCCCGGCUCGUCCCGCAAGGCCACGCCCACAUGAAGGAGGCCAUCGGCAGACACAGCAACAUGAAGUACAGGAACCUUGGGAAGUCUGGGCUGCGAGUUUCCUGUUUGGGUUUAGGCACCUGGGUGACCUUCGGUUCUCAGAUCUCAGAUGAGAUGGCAGAGAACCUGAUGACCAUAGCAUAUGAGAAUGGGGUGAAUCUUUUUGACACGGCAGAGGUCUACGCCUCGGGCAGGGCUGAGAUCACUCUCGGGAACAUCAUCAAGAAGAAAGGAUGGAGGAGAUCCAGUUUUGUAGUGACAACCAAGAUCUACUGGGGAGGACAAGCAGAAACAGAGAGAGGGCUCUCCAGAAAGCAUAUCAUUGAAGGUCUUCGAGGAUCCUUGUCCAGACUGCAGUUAGAAUAUGUCGACAUUGUCUUCGCCAACCGUAAUGAUGUCAACAGCCCAAUGGAAGAAGUCGUGCGUGCAAUGACCUUUGUGAUAAACCAGGGCAUGGCAAUGUACUGGGGAACAUCCCGGUGGAGCGCCAUGGAGAUCAUGGAGGCGUACUCAGUGGCACGCCAGUUCAACCUGAUCCCACCCGUGUGUGAGCAGGCUGAGUACCACUAUUUCCAGAGGGACAAGGUGGAAGUCCAACUGCCUGAACUCUAUCACAAGAUAGGAGUGGGAGCUAUGACCUGGUCCCCACUGGCCUGUGGGCUGAUCACUGGAAAGUACAGUGACGGCGUUCCAGACUGCUCCCGGGCCGCUAUGAAAGGCUACCAGUGGCUGAAAGAGCGUGUGAACAGUGAGGAGGGCCGCAGACAGCUGGCCAAAAUCAAAGAGCUCCACCUGCUGGCUGACAGAAUGGGUUGCACUGCUGCACAACUAGCUAUUGCCUGGUGUCUGCGUAGUGAGGGGGUCAGCUCCGUGCUCAUGGGCGUGUCGAACACAGACCAGCUCAUCGAGAACCUGGGGGCCCUGCAGGUGCUCACCCAGAUGACACCCCAGGCAGUGAGCGAGAUCGACGCUCUGCUGGGAAACAAACCUCACUCCAAAAAAGAGACGCGUGCAUGAAGAAAACGAUGGCAAGCGAGACAGAAAUAUGGAGACUGUGUCGAAUGCAGAAAGAGGAAUGAAGACGAGGGAGAGAGAGAGAGAGGAGGACGCCACACAGAGAGGAACAUCGCUUCUUUGCCCUCCUGCAUAACCAAUAAAACCUGCAUGUCUUCUGCAACAUUGUGCUUCCAGUAUUUGCGCACAACCCUUCUGCGCAUCUCUUUAUAUCUUAUAUUAACAACAACAAAAAAAAAAGGAUAUCCUACUCUGAGCUUCGACGACAACAAUAGCAUUGACAAAACAAACAAAAGAUCACAUAUGAAACACGGCCAGGCUUAUUUCAUUUCUGUACAUGGACAGAGGGCGGUGUGUAUGCAUUUCAGUCUCUGUCUUCCAGGAAUAGAGUUGAUGGAACAGGGAUCGUUUGAAACAGAGAGAGAUGAACAUGUGACUGGCAGCAACUCUAAACAAACACCUCCCUCUCUCCUUCCUUUCCCCUCUCCCUCUGAACAGAACAGAGACGAUUAUCCAAGACAGAAGAGUGGGAUCAUUUCACUGCCACAAUGCAAGAGUGAUACAAGAUUAAUCUUUCCUCCUUUUCUGAAUGGAUGAGUGAUUGAGUCUGUGUGUGUGUGCACGUGUUAGAAGAAUGUAUGGUUGUAGAUCCUGUGUGUGUAUGAAGAUGAACCUAUGUGAAUAUAUGUCUGAAUAUGUGUUUUGCACAGUACUGCCAGGCUAGACAUGUACGAUCUAUUGUAUCUGGUACCAGGUGUAGUGAGGUGCUAUGUGUAGCACUGUAUGUGUGUAUGUGUGUGUGUCUUUGUAUGUGUGUGUGUGUGAGAGAGACAGUCUACUGCCAAUUUGUGGCACUGUGCAUCAGUAACAACACAAGUCUUCCUCCCCUCUCCCUUCCUAUUGUAAAACUGUGUUAAAACUGUGCGCAUGACCCUUUAAGAGAGAACAGGUUUCCCACGUGGGGUGAAGAGUGUUGGUAUGGCAUGGCUUUUUUUGUGGUAUAUGUACAUUCAUUGCACCUCAUCUGUAAACAGCCUCUGCCUUGUCUUUUUGCACUACCUAGUUCAGGGUCCAGAUGUAGAGAGAGUGCAAGGUCUUCUAUGACCUUAAGAUGGCAUUUAUGUGUUUAUGUAUGUGGACAAAACAAAAACUUUCUCUGCGACGAUGACAAUGAGAAGAAUCCUCCGCCAUGCAGUUGUAUUUAUGUACACAUGAAUGAGUUAUCGAAUUUAGCUACAGAUGGUCAAGAAAGUGUCCUCGGUAUUCAUAUGAGAGUAUCACUGGAGAUGCUGCUGGAAGUUAUUAGCUGUCAGAGACAGACGCUGGCUCACACUCUGUGAUGGAAAAGCAGCCGUCAGGCACAGCUUUGUGUUCCACUGAACUACCACACUCAGUUUGUGUGUGGAAGUUCUAUCACAAAACACAGUGAAGGCUUGCAUAAACAUGUUAGUUUGG